GGAGGAGGUGUGGUGUGGAGGGUUGAGGAGCCACGGGGACCAAUGGAACAGAGAGAUGCUGGAGCCUCAGUUCCUCCUUCUCAGUCCCGGGUAGAGAAGUCAGUCUGCUGCCUGCCACGAGACUCGUCAUCUGGGCUGAACAUGAAGCACUUGUGGCAGAUUUUUGUCCUAUGGGGCUUCUGGGUGCUCAUCUUGUGGCUGAUGGCCCCCUGCCUGGAUCCAAAACCUGAAUCGGCACCGCAGGGAAAACUGCUGGUCUUGGUACUGGGACAUUGCAACUGCCCUUGGUUCAAAUUCAGGAAGAGUGGCUGCCCAUCUGAAACACUAAACUCCUCCCUCUGCUACCACAGAGUUGGAGAAUGGGGCUGGUAUGCUGAAUGCUAUGGGAAGAUGAUGGAGUACCUGAAGAGGGCAACAGAGUCCAGGACUCCUCAUGCUGUGCUCUGGUGGCUGGGCAUGAACUCAGCAAGUGGUUUUGGCAAAAUGUGGAAAAAGGUGUUCAAGGGGAUUCUCAGACUCUCAGUGAGCCAUUUCCAUUUCUACUGUGGGACUUGUACUUUGGUGGGGAACUCCAAGAUCCUGUGGGCCUCCGGCCUUGGCAACAAUAUCAACCAGUGGACCCUAGCCUUCGGGUGUGUGCUGGGGAGAGGGCAGGACAUGGGAAGGUCAAGUGUGCCCUCAGAGUUCUGGCAGUUCCUGCUCUCUUUCCAGGAUGAACCAGGGCCCUGUCCAGAGCCUUGA